UCAGUGCGGAGGAGCUAACGGACCUGAUCGUCGGCCGUGGUACGUAUCCCUCGCGUAAAACCGUCAGCCACACACUCGACUCCGAUUGCGACUACGUGACACUGCCGCUUCCGCUGGAGGGGGAAAGCUACCUGCAGGGCAGCGAAGACACGGCCCCAACGGAGGAUGAGUUCGACGAUGACGAGGUGCUUCCGCCGGCACCGCCGAAGCGGAUCGACAGCAACAUGGCGGCGCAGGCGAAGGGUCAGCAGCUGCAGCAGCAACAGCAGCAACAACAACAGCAAGAUUCCCCACCACCACCACCUCCACCGUACAAUGCGCACCACGAGACGACGGGACUGCGUGGACCAGACAUUCGGAGUUCCGUCGCCGAUCCGGAAGCCCCGGCGAUCCCACUGCGCGAUCCACCUCCAUACCCGCAGAAGCCGAUCACCAUGCGUACGACUCCGGUGGCGCCGAUUUCGGCCGCUCCCGUCUCGGAGGAAGUGCCGGCGCGCUUCAUCACGACGCGUCCGCAGAUAAACAUACUGAAAGCGCACGCCAGCGUCGUGGGAGAGACUCCGAAGCCAAGUUUUGCCGCUCCGACGGUGAAUAACAUCGGGAAUUUGUCGCAGGCCGCACCGCCACCAGUUCCGGGACCUCCGCAACCGAAACCAACUCCCGUUGCGGCCCCUCCACCACCGCCGAGCGGUAUCGGUAUGCCGUACAACUUGCAUCCUAACCAUAAAGCCAUAACCUCGCCACCACCGCCGUAUACGGAGAUGCCGAAGCCUCCACAGCAUCGCACCGCUUGCGUCCUGCUGCCCGUAAUCAAACCUCGACAGUACCAUCCACCACCUCCUCCCACGAUGCCCCGGCAACCGCCUCCUCCACCACCGCCGCACUUGCAGGCCACGGUCUACACGAGCCAGCUGGCCCGGUCCCAGAUCGAGCUGUUCCAGCGGCAAAUGUUCAGCGACGUCGACUACGUGAUCUACCCGAUCCAGGACCCGUCGAUCAGCCAGCAGGAGUACCUCGACGCCAAGCAGGGCUCGAUCCUGGCCGCGAUGGCCCAAAGCCCGCCGCCGCCGCCCUACCUAGCCUACCACACGGUUCGGGCGCACAAUCGCAGCUGGGACGCGUGCAAAAACCACGCCAUCUACCGCAGCACGCCGUACCUCUCGAUGGCGCUGUCCUCCAACUCGCGCUACGCCUCGACGCAGAACCUCUCCGACACGUACGUCCAGCUGCCCGGCGCCUACUCGCCCCUCUACAGCCCGUCGGUGGCAAGUCUCUGCUCGUCCUACGACCCACCGCCGCCGCCUCCGUUGCGUCCCCGGCCACUCGCCUCCUCCAAGGCGUCCGGGUCGAUCCCAUCGAACGGACACGGAGUCCCGCUGGCGGCCGGUUCCCCCGCCCUUUUCGCCCGCUCCCGCUCGGACGACAACAUUCUCAACUCGGUCGAAAGCACGCCGAAGAUACGCCGGCAUCCCCCGCCGCCCCCUCCACCCCCGUACGAGAGUAAGAAAGCCAUCCGGAAGCCGCCGCUGCCGUUGCCCCUGCCGACGCAAGCGCCUCCCCCACCGACGCCGGCACAUACCGCCGGCAUGCUAGCCAUGAAGCCACCGGCUGCCAUUCCCCCGCCAUCACAAACAUCGUUUAUUAACCCCGAACGACCACCGGAAGUGCCCGCCAAACCGACACCCCCGAAACCGAGUGGACCGAGUGCGAAGCUGCAGGCGCAGAUGAAGAAGCAGUACCCGGACUUCGACCUCAGCACGCUGACGGGCUCUAGCUCGAGCGCUGCCGCAACCGAUCGCACCUCGAUCGACAUCAAAACGUUGCGCGAGAAGAGCAAACAUCUCGAUCUGCCCCUCAUCUCGGCCCUCAUGCACGAUCAGUCGCUGCUGAAGCAAACGCGUGCCUUCGUCAUGCCGAAGCAUCCGAAGCAGACGAACGGCAACGGGGCGCGCUUGGCAAACGGAACCGCUGGAUCGAACGGUCCCUCGGCGACGGUCACUUCCGCCGCAACGAUGAACGGUGAUUCAACGCCGUGUGUCCCCAACGGAGGCAGUGGUGGUGUUGGUGGAGGUUCACCACCGGGAGCUAAUCAGCCCGGUAACAACAACAACAACAACAGUCAGUCACCCAAAGCCAAGUACCCGGUGUCGGGCCUUUCGACGACGCAGCUGGCGAAGCCACGCAAAACGUCCGCCAGCCAUCGCCAUCCGAACGAUAAGCUUCCGCCGCUGCCGGGACAGACGGGACCGACGGCCGAGGGUAACAACUACGUCAUGGACCCGACGCCGACGCCGAUCAAGCAGAAGAGCUUCAGCUCAUCACAACCCAGUGCCUAG